CUGGUGUACAUAUCUUUAUGUGCAGUCUCUGGGUCCCCGGAGGAACAUUUUUACCGUUUACUGGCUUGUUCAUGUCUCGGGGCUGACUGAGCAAGCAGAGGAGUCUUGAAUCCCCGUCCGUCCUUGAAAUGAUGAUGUUGGUGGCGCUGAUGAUGAAUGUGUGAGGAGAAAGCUCCUGUGGUCCUCUUGCUGCAACGCACACUUCCUCAUGGAUUCCAGCAAUGACGAGGCACUUGAUAUCAUUGUCACCAAUGUGGUGGCAACCUUCAGGACAAGGUGCCACCUCAACCUGCGCACCAUUGCCUUAGAGGGUGUCAAUGUCAUCUAUAAGCCAGAAGUAGGGAAGGUCCUUAUGAAGCUUCGAAAGCCCAAGAUAACGGCCUCAAUCUGGUCCUCAGGGAAAAUUAUCUGCACAGGAGCAACAAGCGAGGAUGAAGCAAAGCUGGGUGCUCGCAGGUUAGCACGCUGUCUUCAAAAACUAGGCUUCAAGGUGAGGUUUUCAGCCUUCAAGGUCGUGAAUGUGCUGGCAGUGUGCUCCAUGCCAUUUGCAAUCCGCCUCAUAGACUUUACUAAGAACAACCGACCUAUUGCCAGUUAUGAACCAGAGCUCCAUCCUGCUGCCACGUACAGGAUCAAAAAUCUCAAGGCUACUAUACAGGUGUUCUCUACUGGCAGCCUCACAGUCACAGGACCAAAUGUGCAGAAUGUGGCCACAGCUGUGGAGCAGGUUUACCCACUACUGUUCGAGUGUCAGAAGCCCAAAUGCAAAUGAAGGACGACAAGAGGACAAAAAGGAGUGAAUCAAAAGAGAGGGCACGACUGAUGAGGAAGCACCUUACCCUUGGAUUGAUCUGCUUGUUUCCGUCACUACAUGGCAACAGUUACAAAUGUCUGACAUCAUUGACUGAGUGGAGAUCACCUGGAUUUUUAAAAGUUGGACUCUCAGAAUUACCUUCUCACAAAAUGUCAGUGUCGUGGAUUGUGUGGCUAUUGUGAUUUUAACAGCCUAAACUUGCAAGUAUGUCUUCCGAACUUCAUGUCCUUCAGCGGAAACAGCUCCCGAAAUCCGUCACUGAAGGGGGUGGAAGUUAUUUGCUAUUGCUCUUUAUUUGCUAUGGGUGUUUUUUUGCAUGGACACACACAGAGCUGUUUUCAAUAACCAUUUUAAUAAUGAACAAUGGUGACCAUUGCAAAAUGAUCCGUAUGCUAACACUGAGAGACCUCAUGCUUAACUCUAUAUACAAGCACUCGUCCCAUUUGCCACUGUGUGUGGAAAACUCUCCGUCCAUGGCUUGUUGGUAGAGGUGUAAGAGAAAAACAUCCAUCAAACCAUUGACCAACCGAUGAGUGUGGUGAUAAUGUUACAUGUGAGAGCAGGUUUUUAUUCAAUGCACAUAUUCUCUCACAAACUGUAUUAAUCUUUGAUUUUAACUGUUGCUUCCUUUACAUUUCUUUACCGUAUUUGGCUGUCAUUUUACUAUAAAUGUUCUCCGUUCACAACUGUGGCAUUUAAUCAGAAUGCAUACAUUGUUCCCUGGUGCGAUUUCAUUUCUUGUUGCUUUCUAAUAAUAGUGUUACUCACACACAGUAAACCUGUAAAUAUUUGUUUUUGUAGGCUUGGGCAGUGUAGAGAAAGAUCGAUGUCCUAAAUGUUUCGUAAUGUCAUGAAAACUUUGGACGGUUUCAGAAUCUAUUUUUCAGAUGGUGAGUUGUUGAGCAACAGAUUUGUUUUUAUUUGGCACAGCUAUGAGCUCCUGGUUUGUUUAGUAACAGUGGUGGCAAGACCAAGAUACAAAUCAUUCAGUUUGUUUUUUAGUGAGCAGGGAAAUAGAUAUAGAUAUUGAAUCCACAAGAACUGAUUUUGGAAAUAGCUGUGACGCUCAUAAUAAUGAACUCAUAAUUACAAACGUAGCCACUCUGUUCAGAGUUAGCCUGCUCACUUUUUAAGAGGUUUGGCAAUACAGUUAUGUGAGUUUUUGAAGUAACUUAAAACCACUAAUAGUGUUCCAAGAAGACAUGCUGAAAUCUUGUCUUUUGCUCAUGCCAUUGUCUCAAAUACAAACCCCUCAUAGAAUACAAUUUGUCGUUUACAACAAAAAACAAUGGUGAGAAGUUAAAUAUUUCUAAAUCUGACCCAAAUUCCUAAUGUUGACAUGACUGCUGAUGGUUGUUCUGGCUCUCACACCCAUAAAGGCAGCAAAUAUGUAUGUAGAUAAUUAAUGCGUCUGACAGGAAAGACGACACUUGUCUUAAGUAUGUUGGGUGAAGUUCAUUUUGAACCAGUGUCAAUUGAAGAUUUGUGACACUUUUGUAUUUUGUAUAAAAAUAAAGGCUAAUGAUAAAACAGACCACCACAAGCUGUCUGACUGU